AUGUUCGUAUCUUCCCAGAAAGAGCAGACUGUCGGGAUUACCGGUCGAUUUUACUGCGGUAAAGACCCGUUCCCGAAUGCAAGUGUCAGUCUGGUCAACAAGAACAAGAUAGGUCGGUAUUGGUUCGAUAUAGCACUAUAGUAUUACUGUGGUAGCUAGUUAUAGCAAAAACUAGAACUUUAGCUUACAUUCAGUGUAAUUACUUUGCAUUUUUACAUAUCAUUAGGCCGUUAUAACAUAUUUUUUAUGUAAAGAUGUAUAUCUACUAUAAUAUAGUAUGUUUAAGGCAUGUACGACACCUUAGACACAGUAAAAUCGACCGAGAAUGGUACCUUUGAAGUGAAGGGUACCAUUAACAGUGUGUUUGGUAUGGACGCCAAAGUAAAUGUUGCCCAUGAUUGUGACAGACAGCUGCCAUGUCAGAGGACCUUCUUCUUCUUCGUACCUUCGAAGUACGUCACGAGGUCAGGUGAUGUAGAUAGAUGGUUCGAACUGGGAGACCUGAACCUCGAAGUUAUCGUAUGUUCUUACUUAUUAUCACGUUUAUUGUAUAUCACUUUACUAUAUAAUUGACCAAGGUAUAACAGUAACAAAAACAUUACAUUACUGCAGUACAUCUACAUGUAAUACUACAGUAA